GCUGGCCAUGUGUGUAUGUGUGUGUUUGUGUGUGUGUGUGUGUGUGUGUGUGUGUGUGUGUGUGUGUGUGUGUGUGUGUGUAUGUGUAUAUAUUUUUAUGUCUAUCUCUUAUAUGUAUAAUACAUAUGCAUUUUUACAUAGUUUUAGAAUAUUAUCAUCAAAACAUUUAUUAAUUUUCUUAACAUUAUACUCAGACAUGUGCAAAACAUCCAGGAACAGAUUGCGUCUGUGUGUGUGUGUGUGUGUGUGUGUGUGUGUGUGUGUGUGUGUGUGUGUGGGUGGGUGUAUCAAGAGAGACAUAUUAAGACAAAGACUUUCUGUGUUUAUGUGCUUCCUGGUGACAAAAACAGAAUCUGCUGAUCUAAUUUCAAUUGGAGAUGAUCACCACAGACCACCACACACUUGUUAUAAUAAAUACAAAGGUCAGUGUGUGUGUGUGUAGUGAGCCAUGUCAUACUGUAGUCAGCAGUGUCCAUGUUUUCUAGGUAACCUCUGUGACUCUGGUUAUUGCUGUCAAAGUUUCACCACUCCACUACUCACCUGGCUGAGCUACUCAGAGAGUUUGUUCUUCACAGGGAUUGUCUUCGGCUGGGCUUCUUUGGUCUUUGUGCUGAAAGUUGAUGGAUACUUUGCUGGAUUCUGUUCCAACACCACCAGAGAGGAGGACAAUGCUCUGUAUAUAGAUUGUAUUAGUCAGGAUGAACACUUCCCACGGGUCAUGUCUGUUGCUUCCAUCGCCAACACAAUAAUACGCCUUCCCAUUGGAUACGUCUUCGAUCGCUGUGGAACCACAGCAACAAGGCUAAUAGCUGUAUCUUUGUUCACCACUGGAACACUGUUCAUGUCUCUGUCCGACGCAGAGACAUCGCUGUUGCUGUACCCUGCGUUGUCAUGUCUCAUUACUGCUGGAACAAUCCUCCACAUCACCAAUGCUCAGGUGGGGAACCUGUUUGACUCCUAUCGUUCCACCAUCAUCACCAUCUAUAAUGGGGCCUAUGACUCCUCUGCUGCUGUGUUUCUCAUCAUAAAGUUGCUGCAUGAAAGAGGAGUGUCUCUUCAGUCGUGUUUUCUCUUCCUCACCUCGUGUAGCAUAAUCCACCUCCUACGUACCUUCUUCCUGAUGCCCAGAGGACAUAUCCCCUACCCGCUACCGGAAACCUUCACUUAUGGAGUAAGCUGCCCCAUUCGCAGGAGAGGAAGAGGAGAGGAGACUGACAAAAAAGUAGAUGUGAAGAACAGGAGAGCAGAUGCUGAGACAUCUGCCUUGAAUGUGCUCAAUAAGCCACUCUAUGAGCCCAAACAAGGGGAAGAAGCUAGUUUUCAGAGCUGUGUGUUGUCCUGGCUCUUCCUCUGGCACCUGAUGUGGGUGGUCAUCAUCCUUUUCUGUCAGUUCAUCUUCUUAUCCAAUGUCAACUCCAUGCUCACCAGGCUAGCCAAUAAUGACCAAACUUUGGUGAGUCAGUACACCAAUGCAUUUGCCUUCACCCAGCUAUGCAGUGUGCUGCUCGCUCCUAUGAACGGUCUCAUCAUGGACAGACACAAGCACAGGCCUCUGGCUCCAGGAGAAACCAAGCGGGAAGCAGACCUGCAUUCAUCCUCUCUCGCCCUCUUCCUGACCUCCCUGCAGUGUUUCCUCUUCUGUGUGUGUUUCACCUGUCCCGUCCUCCGUCUGCAGUACCUCACAUUUGUCCUGCAGGUUGUCAACAGCUCCUUCUUUUAUGGAGGCCACCAAGCCUUUGUCAGCUUUGCCUUCCCAAUGUCUCAUUUUGGGAAGUUGACUGGGAUGGUGAUGUCAUUGUCAGCUCUGGUGCUGCUUCUCCAGUUUCCAAUCCUACACCUCAUCCAGCACCAGCUACAGGGUGAUCCGCUCUAUGUAAAUGUGGGUGUCACCUUGGUGUCACUGCUCACCUUUAUUCACCCGCUCCAUGUCAACCUCUACUGCAGAAAGCUGGCCAAACAGAGAAAGACCGAACAAGAAGUAAAUGAAUGAGGGUCGGCAAGAUGUAGACUUUAUCCAGUGUAACCAAGUCUAAAAAUGAAAUUAAAAAUGCAUAUGAUGCAAUUGUAAAGAA